AUGGGAAUCCCGCAAUCUAAUGAGCGUAGUGAUGAAGCUUCUACAAGCAAGUUAUCAAAAAAAUGCUACUACGACGUGCUAGGGGUCGAACGUCUUGCGUCCAGUGAUGACAUUAAGAAAGCAUUUCGUAGAAAAGCCCUAGAACUUCACCCUGAUCGGAAUUUUGGUGACACGGAGACUGCUACCGCAAAAUUUGCAGAGGUACAAACUGCCUACGAAAUCCUCUCUGACAGUCAAGAACGUGCUUGGUAUGACUCUCACCGAGAAUCGAUAUUAAGGGACGAGUCAUUUACAUUCACCGAAAAAAAACACGAUGCUAGCGUUAAAUAUAGUUGUGCUGACGACAUCGCAAGUUUGAUCAGCAAAUUUAAUAGGGGAAUUCCUUUUACUGACGCUGCCGAUGGAUUUUUUGGAGCAUGUAGGCAAAUAUUCUCGACGCUUGCGAAAGAAGAAAAUUCUGCUUGCUUGAUGGAGGGACUUAUGCCUGUUCCAUAUCCUGAUUUCGGUAUGGCAAAAGAUGACUACAUCAACGUCGUGAAACCAUUCUAUCAAGAAUGGCAAGGAUUCUCAACCCAAAAAUCUUUCACUUGGAGGCACAAAUACCGACUAUCUGAUGCUCCAGAUAGAGCUACGCGACGUAUAUUUGAAAGAGAAAAUAAACGGCUUCAGGAUGAUGGAAUUAUGGAGUUUAACCAGGCUGUCCGAAAUCUAGUGGCUUUUACUAGAAAGAGGGACCCCAGAUAUAUUCCAAAUACACAAACAGAAGAAGACCGACAGAAGUUUCUCCGCUCCGCCGCUGCUGCUCAAGCAGCACGAUCAAAGGCCGCAAAUAAAGCAAAGCUAGCCGACUAUGUUCUUCCAGAAUGGGCAAAGGCAGAAGACCCAGAAGAUAUCGAAGAAAAUUCGAAUUCUGAAGAUUCUAAAGUUGAAUGUAUUGAAUGUGUUGUUUGUAAAAAAGUCUUCAAAAGUGAAAAACAAUAUGAGGUCCACGAGAUGAGUAAAAAACAUACCAAGGCUGUGCGACAGCUCAGACGAGAAAUGAAGGACCAGAGUGAAUUUUUAAAUUUGGAUGGAUCAUCAAAUACUAUUCUUGACACCACAAUUGAUUCCUCUAAAGAAAUUAAGACCCCAGCAGAUACAUCCGACGAGAAACCUUUGAUCGAAGAUGAAAUUUUGAAAGAUGAGACUACUAAAAUUCCUGACUUGGUUGAGCUCAAUUCGGAUAUCCAAAAUCUUAGUCUCGAAGAAACCCAUGAGUCUUCUGCUUCCCAGGAUGAAUCAAUCAUGCCACCUAAAACUGCAGAAGAUUACCCGAGCGAAAGUAUCACGAAAAAAAUUGGAAAAGCAAAGUUAAAGCGAGCCAAAAAAAAAGCUAAAGAAAUCUCUAAUGCACAACAAAAUUCUAAUUAUAUAUGUAAAAGCUGCCACGAAACAUUUGUAUCUCGAACCAAACUUUUCCUUCACAUAAAGACAAGCGGUCAUGCUCAGCCUCUUUAA